AUGUUCAAACAGUCCAGGGUGUUACUACAAAAACCGUCUUAUAACAUCAUGCCUUACAAAAACAUGUUGAGAGAUCCUUCUCUGAAAUAUACCUUUGCUCAGGGCGUCAAGCUUCCUGACAGAACCUGGCCAGACAAGCAAAUCACCAAGGCGCCUCGUUGGCUUUCUACGGAUUUGAGAGAUGGUAACCAGUCGCUUCCUGAUCCUAUGUCGAUUGCUGAGAAGAAGGAGUACUUCCAUAAGUUGAUCGAGGUUGGUUUCAAGGAAAUCGAGGUUUCUUUCCCUUCUGCUUCUCAGACUGAUUUCGACUUUACGAGGUAUGCCGUGGAAAACGCUCCAGACGAUGUUUCCAUUCAAGUUUUGACUCAGUCCAGAGAACACUUGGUUCGUAGGACUGUUGAGUCCGUUGUUGGCGCUAAGAAGGCCAUUGUUCACAUCUACUUGGCUACUUCUGACGUUUUCAGAGACGUUGUGUUCAACAUGUCCAAAGAACAGGCUAUUGAAAAGGCUGUUGAGACCACCAAGUUGAUUAGAUCCUUGACGAAAGAUGAUCCUUCUAGACAAGAGACCGAAUGGACCCUUCAGUUCUCCCCAGAGUGUUUCUCUGACACUCCUACUGAAUAUGCAGUGGAGAUUUGUGAGGCUGUUAAAGCCGUGUGGGAACCUUCUGACGCCAACCCCUUGAUUUUCAACUUGCCUGCUACUGUUGAAGUUGCCAGCCCUAAUGUGUAUGCUGACCAGAUUGAAUACUUCUGCAGAAACAUCAGUGAACGUGAGAAGGUCUGUGUUUCCGUUCAUCCUCACAACGACAGAGGAUGCGGCGUUGCUGCUGCUGAGUUCGGUGUUCUCGCUGGCGCUGACAGAAUCGAAGGAUGUAUGUUCGGUAACGGUGAAAGAACCGGUAACGUCGACUUGGUCACUCUUGCCUUGAACUUGUACACCAACGGUGUUUCUCCUGAAUUGGACUUCUCUGACAUUGAGGAAUUGAUCACCUUGUCUGAAAAGUGCAACAAGAUUCCAAUCCACCCAAGAGCUCCAUACUCUGGUUCUCUUGUUGUUUGUGCUUUCUCUGGUUCCCACCAGGAUGCUAUCAAGAAGGGCUUCCAGAGAUCCGAGAAGAACCCAGACGAUCCAAUGUGGAAGAUCCCAUACUUGCCAUUGGAUCCAAAGGAUAUUGGCAGAACAUACGAGGCUGUUAUCAGAGUCAACUCUCAGUCUGGUAAGGGUGGUGCCGCCUGGGUUAUCUUGAGAUCCAUGGGCUUGGACUUGCCAAGAACCUUGCAGGUUGAGUUCUCCUCUGUUGUUCAAAACGAGGCUGACAAGUCUGGUAGAGAAUUGAAGAUCGAGGAGAUCAACGAACUUUUCAAGAAACACUACAUCUACACUGGUGAGUCCUUCAUCACUCUUGAAGACUAUGAGACCACCAGAGGUAAGGGCGAGAACAACACUCGUGAGAUCAAGGCUGACUUGGUUGUCAACGGCAAGCCAGUUACUGUUUCUGGUAACGGUAACGGUCCUAUUUCUGCUUUCGUGGAUGCUGUUGCCAAGCAGUUCGGUACCUUCUUCGAGGUCAAGAACUAUACCGAGCACUCCUUGGGUGCUGGUUCCCAGGUCAAGGCUGCCACCUACAUUGAACUUUCGUUCAUCAACUCUGCUGGUUCUCAGACCACCAGAUGGGGUUGCGGUAUUGACUCUGACGUUAGUGAGUCUUCCUUGAAGGCUAUCGUCGCCAUCCUUAACCACUUGGUGAGAGCCGGUGAGCUUAAGGUGUAA